AACUGACACAGACUGUGCUAUUUUGAAUUGUGCAUGUGUGCUGCUAUCGUACUAACCCCUGUGUUUAGUUUGCGCUAUCUCUGUGUGGUUAUCGCAGGCUGCAGCUAGUGUACACAGAAGAUAGAAUAGUUUACGCUAACAACUUCUUUAAUCUAUCCUAUAUAGCUAUCAAUAUCGCGUCAAUGCCAACACCCAUCCAAGUCCUGAUUAUACACCAUGCCGCCUACUAAGGAGAUACUGCUGUACACUAAUAUCAUGCGAGAAUUUCUCAAGUGGUAUAACAAGGAGCACAACUGGGAUCAAUAUGAAGACUUUCAUAAGAUUGACAAGAGCUUAUUCAAAGACAUCACACCCGAGAAACUCGUAACAUACAUGAAGAUACUUGCAUAUGGCAUCCCAAACCCCGGCCCAGAAGAUAUUCCUACUGGGCAAGGAGAAACGGGACUUUUAUUUGUGAAGCGAGCAAUCUCGUACUUCUUACCGGACGCCAAUAAGGAUUGGGAUGCUGACACACGUACCGGAAAUCCAGCACGUGCGAAACCGGUGGAUCAGCUGAUUCGGGUUGCUGGGAUGAAUGAGCCGAGCGCAGAGAGCAUACAGUUGAUUAAACGACAGUUGAGUACUUUUUCCAUGGAGAUCAUGGCGUUGCAGAGGACUAUCUUUGAUAGCAACCAGAAACACAGACACGAUUCAAAGCAUCUGGAGUUGCUAGUGGACAAGACUCGGGUGGAAUUGAUGCAAGAGAUGCUGAAUUUGAGUAAGCAAAGACAUGGAAUGAGUGGGAUGAAUACGAAUGGGAUUGGAAUGUCAUCUAACGGGAAGGGUAAUGAGGCCAAUACAGGUGGUAGUGAUAGCUACGCAUAUGGGGAAUACGAGUAUGGCCAGGAAGUCACACCUGUUGAGGAGGAGUAUACUACCAAUAGCAGUACUGCUAUUGAUGGCAACAACCGAAACAAGAACAAGAACGCCACUUCUACGACGCAAGACGUGAUGGCGCUUAGCAACCACGCUAGCACCAACACAAGCCAUGCGUACGGUAAUGACUACUCAUACAACGGCGGAUCUACUGUGUAUAGUAACAAGGCUCCACAGCAAUACGGAGCCAGCAGUAUGCAGGUAUCCACUUUCCCCGGCUCGUCUAACGAAUUCAUUGGCAACGCCCAACUGUCAUCCAAGCCAAAAACACUAGCCAGUCUAUGGGAAGAGUAUGAGAUUGGAAUUGGCACAAACAAAGCGGCCAGGGAGUUCACCCAGAAAGAGCGGGGGAGUGUGAGGAAAACGUAUAGUUUUAGAAACUCAUUCUGGAAGGCUAUGGAGACGGUGAUGGGGCGUGGGAAUUCGGUGGAAGAAGCGAUGCAGAAAAUCCAAAUAGCGUAUGGCGAAAAUGCUUCUGUGACUGCUGUGUGUCGGGCCAUCUCCAGAGAUAAGGACUUAUCACGUGUGUUGUCACCACCGUAAGUACCGCAACAAUAAACGCGAAGAGCACUGCGCUUAUAUGUGGGAACUCAGCAUGCGGCUUUACUUACAGAUUGACGAGUACUUCGAUACUGCAUGUGUAGGUAUACAAGCGGUAGGUCGGUGGGAACUAUAGUAUACCGGGCUGUACAGGAGACGCAUCAACCGACAACGGUGACUACCGUAUGCAAAGUUUGUCUACAAUCAUGGUAGUUUGCUAUGUGACCGCAUAAUCUAUCUGGAUAGUUAUUGACGAGGUGUCCUUGACUAUGCCCGUUACCGCCUAAAAAAUCGUUGGACAUAUAUAUAUAUGUAUAUAUAUAUAUAGAUGAGCUAUCGGAGUUAAUGGAAGACAACGGUUGUACUUGAAACCAGUCAACAGGAGUACCACCUCAAUAUCAUAGCGACAUAUUUGUCGUAGCCACUCUGCAAGGGUAGCAGUUGGCACAGGAACUUUGCUGGCUCUGAAGUUACCCCGCCAGAAACAAGGUACAUAUAUUUAUAAACCAG